CAGAGACUGCAUGGCUGAAGAAAGGCUAGCAGCAUUUUCUGCUUCAUUUCCUUCUUUCUUAUCAAAGCAGACCCACUAGACCAAGAAGGUGCAGCAGCACACCUGGCUGGUGCUGGCAGGACGCCUUCCCUCCAGGGACAAUGGGCCCAGCUGUCUUGAUGCUUCUGUUAGGAACCAUCUACCAUGGCUCUGCAUCUCCAACCAUCAGCCCUAACCAUACCACUCUGAUUGUGGCCAAAGGAGACCCAGUAAACCUAACUUGCUUUGGGAAUGCCACCAUAGAAUGGUUUGGCAUAGAAAAUAAAGCUAAAGUGGAAGUGUACAACAAUGGCACCCUCUAUAUACCCAGGGCCUCUUGCAAGGAAAUGGGAAACUACCAGUGUGCGUACAUCAACAGGACGAAUGAGGAGACUGCAUCUGUAUAUCUCAUUGUGAGAGAUCCUAAAACACCAUGGUGUCUCCCCAAGGAGAACAUUGAAGCAAUAGAAGGCGGUGAUGCAUUGCUCCCGUGCCUCAUCACUGACCCAGGAUUUACAGGCAAUAUUACCCUUAUGAAAGGCGAAGAGCAAAUAAACUCUUCAGAGUUCUCUUUCAGUGCUCAAAAGGGAAUACGUUUCCACAGAGUAAAAAUGACUCAGAAAGGCCGAUACCGGUGUCGGGCCCUUGUUCAAGGACAGUGGAUGGAUUCACCAAGAAUUGGCCUCGUUGUUAAAGCAAUCAGCAAGCUUGUAUCUGUGACCAUUGAAAAAAAAGAUAAUGUGAGAAUCCAAGGAGAACCUUUCAGCAUCUCCUGCAACAUAAGUUAUCCUUCCUUCUGUUAUGUGACUGAUUGGAUCUAUCCUCCCACUGCAAAUGUGAGUAAGACUACAUAUGAACGUGAUGAUACCAUAAAUUACAUCACAGAGCAAAUCCUAUCCAUCCCAGCAGUGCAGUUUCACGACAGUGGAGAAUAUAUUUGCAUUGGAAAAAGUUCUGCUGGAACCAGUAAUUCUUCAGCAUACCUGAGGGUAAUAGAGAGUGGUUACAUGCAUUUGUCCACUGUACAGAAUAAAAUACAGGAGCCAGGCCUGCAUACAAAUCUGGAGUUACAGGUUCAUAUUGAGGCAUAUCCUGGACCUUCCACAUAUGGAUGGACAUACAGGAAUCCAUCAGGAAAUCCCAGGGAUUCAUCAUACAUUGGCCAGAUGACUUCUGGCAACAACAGGUACAACAACACGCUUAAACUGAAUGGUAUUAAGGAAAGACAUGGAGGAAUGUAUACAUUCUUUGCCAGUAAUGGUGCAACCAGUGCAUCCAUUACUUUCAAUAUUUCAGUGAAAACCUCACCUCAAGUUAAGGUGAAACCCAACAGUUCCAACAGUCUUUGGUGUGAAGCCAGUGGUUAUCCUGCUCCACGUAUUGAGUGGUAUAAAUUACCCAAUAAUCAGAGUACAGACAGAUGCAGUCAAGAUGAAAUGCUGUUCAUUAAUGGCACCAGCACAGAAAUUAUAAGUGAAUCUCCUUUUGGAAGAGUGUCAUUGUUUAGUAUCCUUCAAGUUAAGGAGAUGGAAGGCAACAUGAUAUUUUGCUGCUUGGCAAUUAAUAGUGCAGGAAACGAAUCUAGCUUUGGAUCUUUAGUUCGUGUUGUUAAAGUCCAACGUGAGAGCCUGGCCAUUCUCUCCAGACCAGCCUUUGGAGGCUUCGCAGGAGCAAUAGGUUUCCUCUUUCUGUGUAUCAUCGUAUUAGUCUACAAAUAUAAACAGAAGCCAAAGUACCAAGUCCAUUGGAAGAUCAUAGAAGCCUGUGAAGGAAACAACUACAUCUUUAUAGAUCCUACACAGCUUCCAUAUGAUGAGAAAUGGGAGUUUCCCAGAAACAAUUUGCAGUUUGGAAAGAUCCUAGGAGCAGGAGCUUUUGGGAAAGUGGUGGAAGCCACAGCUUUUGGAUUGGGCAAGGAAGAUUCUGUCUUGAAGGUGGCUGUGAAAAUGCUGAAAUCAACAGCACAUACUGAUGAACAAGAAGCACUCAUGUCGGAACUGAAGAUCAUGAGUCACUUAGGUCAUCAUGAGAACAUCGUGAACCUGCUGGGAGCAUGCACCCAUGGAGGCCCUGUCUUUGUCAUUACCGAGUAUUGCCCUUAUGGGGACUUGCUGAAUUUCCUGCGAAAGAAAGCAGAAUGCCUCAUAAUCCAGGAUUUAACCUUAGAGUCUUCCCUUGAUAGUACAUCAGCUGACUAUAAAAACGUCUACCUUGGAAAGAAAUACCUCCAAAGUGACAGUGGGUUUGGAAGCCAGUGUACAGACAGCUAUUUGGAGAUGAGAUCCAUGAUAGCAUCAAGCUCUGUGCACAUCAAAGUGUCAGGAGAAGAAACUGCAAACAGAGAGCCUCUUAGCCUCCAUGACCUGUUGCAGUUCUCCAACCAAGUGGCUCAGGGAAUGGCAUUCCUUGCAUCAAAAAAUUGCAUCCAUCGUGACCUGGCAGCAAGAAAUGUGCUAGUGGCUGAUGGACAAGUGGCCAAAAUCUGUGACUUCGGCCUGGCUAGAGAUAUUAUGAAUGAUGCAAACUAUGUUGUCAAAGGCAAUGCUCGCCUGCCAGUGAAAUGGAUGGCUCCAGAGAGCAUCUUUGAGUGUGUUUACACAGUACAGAGUGAUGUGUGGUCUUAUGGUAUCCUUCUCUGGGAGAUAUUCUCCUUAGGAAGAAGCCCCUAUCCUGGCAUGAAGGUGAACAGCAAGUUUUAUAGCCUGGUGAAGCAGGGCUACCACAUGGGGAGACCAGAUUUUGCUCCAGAUGAUAUAUACAACAUCAUGACGGCAUGCUGGAACUUGGAGCCCACUCACCGGCCUACCUUCUAUCAGAUCUGCACUUUCCUUCAGAAGCAGCUGGAGGGCAUCAAAGAACAAGAUUACAAAAACCUGCCAUGCAACACAGAAGAAGAAGACAGUGGGUGUGAACCUUCCAGCUUCUGUGAAGAAUCCUGUGAAUCAGGAGAGAGUGAGCAACCUCUUUUGAACAGCAACAACUACCAGUUCUGUUAAAAGGGAUAUAUGACCCUGGCCUUCUUGUUCAUUGAAUUUCAACUGAGAUGUAGAUUUUAUAUACCCAUAUCUUUGGUGGUCUUCCAUAUCAAGUGAUUUAAGUCACAGGUUCUGGUCUUGUCAUAUACUGGUAACACAAUUCAGAAUCAUUGCCCAUGAUUAUACCUCCCUUCCCCAAACACUAAAACCUAAAGUGGCUUUAUUUCUUUUUAAAGAAAGCUAGGUUAGUUCCCACAACAACCUUGGCCUUCAGGUCUUCAAAAGAGCAUCAGCUUCUGUAACCAUACUUUUAAAAGUGAAAAUGGAAUUAUGAGUUUAAAACUUUCCUUUCUGUGUUUCACAUCUCAUAGGCCAGCCCUGAUAGCCAUAUUGUCCUUACACAAACUAUUAUUAUUAUUACUAUUAAGCAUGAUAACUGGUAGGAUUGGCUAAAAGGAAAAUCAACAGCCUGCCCAAUUUUGCUCUGAAUCAGGGGUUUUAUGGAAAAGAAUGUAUCACGCAUCCACCAUAGGCAUGAUUAAUUCUGUAGGAAGAAAAGCACUAAUACUCUAUAGAAAAGGAACUUCGCAAUAAGAAAGAAUAGCAAAAUUUAUCCGUCUUUAGGAUCAGCACUGCACAAUGUGUAAAGGAAAUUAAAAAACUAAGAAUGAUUUUCAGUACUUUAUUAGGUAAUCUGCAGGCAUAAAUUGUAACUGAUCUGUGAUUUACUUCUGAAUAGAUGGUUUAGGAUUACCCCAUAUAUUCCAUUGAGCUCAAUGAGAACUUAGAGUAGGGUUGCAUUGGGUACAGCCCACAGAGCUUCCAUGAACCUGCUCCCCAUACCUGAAAAAAUCAGCAAAAAACAGUUGCCUAUUCAUGCAAAGGGGACCAGCGUGGUAUAGUGGGUUGAGCAUUGGACUAGGAUACUGGGAGAUCUGUGUUCAAAUCCCUGCUCAGUCAUGGAAAUUCACUGGGUAACCUUGGGCAAAUCACACUCUCUUGGCCUCAGAGGAUGGCAAUGACAAACUCCUGAAGAGCCCUGAUAAGAAAACCCUAUGAUAGGGUUGCCAUGAGUCAGAAACAACUUGAAUUUAUGGCCUUAAAUAUUUCACUGAUCUCCAGCAUUCGCCCAGAGAGUGAAAAAAUAGAUGCAAAGUACUUAGGCUCAGGCUUUUGGAAGGAAAGGAUGUGAGAAAAUACCUAUUCUAACUGGAACAAUAGUCUUUUUAAACAUGAAAUAGCCCACCAUCUUUUAUUUCACUAGAUGUAUUUUUUUGCCCAUCUCAUUCCUGGUAUCCCAAAUGGGCCAGAGGGGAAUGUGAGAGGGCACGUUCCUUUUUUUCUGCCUUUCAGUUACAUACGAUAGUUGGUUAAAGAAAUUGGGAAGAACAUGGCAGACGAGGGCAGGCAGGAAAGAGUCAAUGAAGAGCUACUAUACCCACUUUUGAGUCUUACAACUACCAUUGGCUGUACCCACUGAUUUUUUAUGUACAUUAAUGGCUCUCCUUAGAAAAACACUUCCUCACUCUUAUUCCAAUAGGCUAGGAUUCAGCGAAUUGGACUGAACAAGGAAAAAUAACUGUUUGACUCUGCAAAAUGAGAGCCUAACAUGAAACAAUAUUAUAAUGCCCAUACCUGGAUUUUUAUACAGCACAGCACUGGACUUCUUGCUAUGCCCUUUUUGCGGCCCUUGCCACGACAGAUGGGAAAAGCAGUUUCUAUAUCACUUGUGAGUUUAUCACAUGUGAGGAAUUUCUCUUAAUUUCAAAUGAAAAGAAAGUGGGGCCAGAACGCAUUCAUGUAUAGUCACUAGUUUAGCGAAAUUACGUGAAUGCUCAUUGCAUUCGAACUGGCU